UUUACGGACUAGUAUACCCAACAGAUAAUUUUAAUUUUCAAUGUUUCAUAAAAGCUCUGCUAUACAAGAAGUGCCUAGCUUAUGGAAACGACCAGAUUUGGAUUUAAAAGUAAUACAUAAAACUUGUACGGUUACACAUGAUGACGAAUUUGGUGUGCGUUAUUAUAUAUAUUCCGGAUUAUGUGUCAAUUUGAGAAGAAAACUCAAGCAAUUUUUUAUAAUAUACAAGCAGCAUCCCGGAGCAAAAAAGUAUUUUCCUUCGGAAUCACUGAGGUCUGCAGAACAGUCUCGUCAUUUGUUGUAUUAUUAUUCGUCGAUACAUCCCUUCAGUCUGGGGGAUUUAUUAAUGAAGUCUUACAUGUUAAUCAUAUUUACUGUCCAACUGGUUGGAAUGAUGAUAGAAAUCGUAACAUUGUCAAACAGUUCGUGUAUGUAUAUUUUGAAUCUAUGCUAUAUUCCAUAUGUUGUAUGGAAUUUUUAUUCUGGUUAUUACGAAGACAAUAAAGUAAAAUUAUCACUAUCUGCUAUCGCGUUAAAAUAUGCAAAGUCAUAUUUACUGUUUGACACGGUACCUUUAGUAGCCAAUUUGUUGACUUUAUAUUUUGUCAGGGAGACUUUUAAUUCUUCUUACAAGCUUUUCAACUUGUUGCAAUUUGUACGUAUACGGACGUUCUUUACUUAUAUUUCUGAUAUUUGUAUUUGGAGAGGAAUUCCCAAGUAUGUGGAAGUUGCUGUUAAAGGUGGACUAGUUUUCUCAAUAUUUGUAUUUUGGUUAACUGUAAUUUUAUACACUUUCAUAAAUCUUCACCCGCAUUCGUGGAUUAACGCUAAGUACUUUCAUUCAGAUUCAUAUCGAGUAACUUCCUGUAUUAGUUCUGCGUUGAUGUUGUUGAUGUUUGUGGAUAGAGCGUAUGAUGUGGAUAUAACACACAUAGGACUUUUUUUGCACGUGUUUGGCCUGUUUUUAGGAUUCAUCUUGCAAGUUUUCAUAUUAAUAAUUCUGUUAAAAGUUAUGCAAACCGCCACAAGUAGCUAUAAUCAUUAUCAAAGGAUGAUUGGGGAAAUUAAUGAAUAUAUGAGAGUGAAAGGCAUUCCUGUGUCUUUAAAAAAACAAAUAUUUCAUUAUAUUGAUUUCCGAUUCCAUGGUCACUUUCAUAAGGAGAAAACUAUUGAAACUAUACUCACACCCACUCUUAAUAGAGAGAUCAAAGAAAUUUUUGUAUCAAAUCUAAUGCAGAAUGUAACAUUUUUGCACCUUCUUCCUGACAAUGUUCGAUCAAAUAUAGUUGAAAAACUGCAGGUCAUAUUUUAUUUUCCUAACGAUGUUGUAAUUCGAUUUGGCGAUGAUUCUAAUUUGCAUAUGUAUUUUAUAUAUCUUGGAACAGUAGCGCUUUAUGACGCUGAAGGUACUGAACUGUGUCACUUAGAAGAAGGAUCAAAUUUUGGCGAGUUGGGAGCUAUUUCGGAUAAACCAAGAACGGCUACUGUCGUAGCCAUUACACCUUGUAAAAUGUACAGACUGACUAGAGAAGAUUUCUUAUGGUCACUUCGCAAUAAUCCUGAAGUCAAGCGAGAACUAAGACUCUUUGCUAAUAUAAGAAUUCCUUCUGCGUACCAAAUUUAAAUAUUGUCUAGUAAGGAAAAUCAUAUUUAUGUUUUAUCUUUAUGUUAUAUAUAUGAAUUUCUUGAUUAUUAAAAAUAGUACUAAGUUUUUUAA